AAUCCCAGUGGCAGCAGCUGUGAAACAGUUUUCCCAACGCGCACACACACUGUCACAGUCACGUUAGCAAUUUCCCUGAGACUGUCUGGCUAGCUUAAGCUGGUGCAUGGUUCAUUGUUGCUUUGCUAUUUUUGCUGCUCUUUUGCUUAAAUCGUGGGAAAGGUGGGGAACGUUGUUGAUGUUUUCCCUCCAGAUUGUGUGCUGCUUCGCGUGUGCUAAUUUUCCGGUGAUUUGUUUUUCCUGGCUGCUGACACUGAGUGGGUGGUGGUUGGGUUGAGCCAAGCAGCAGAAAUGUUCGGAGAUCUCGUGUGUGAGUAAAUUUCCCAUCGUCUUCGACGUCAGGAUUGAGUGAAGAGUGAAGAAUCUCCGAAAUCAAUCGGGUGGAAAUUUUGCCCCUUUUUGUGAAACGCAAAACCGAAAAGUGAAGUUAGUGUGGAUGUUGAUGAAGCCACAAAGUGGAUGUUCUUCGGAUGAUUAAGUGCCACGGAUUGUCUCACUUGGGAUGAGCUGUUAGCUUCUGGAUAACUUCCUCAUAAUCAGGAACCAACCAUAACAACCCUCCGUUCAUGCAACCGAGUCCAGUUCAUUAUCCAACUGAAAGCAAGUGUUAAAAAGCUGCCUCUCCUCCGCCGCCACGCUCCAUCCCUGGAACAUGUAAAUGGUCGCGGGAAAAUUAACCGUGGUCAGUGCUCGAUCCCAGAUAGGGAAGGAAAGCGGAAAACUCGUUGGAAAAUAAAUUUACACUAAUCGUACCCCUCUUCGUCCUCUUGGCCAGCGGAGAAAAGCAGCUCCGAAAAGGGCAAGUCGCCUAAAACAAGCCCAACAAGCACACGGCCCGAGCAUAAAUCGCUUUUCAAUUUAGCCACCGUGUAAAAGCUACUGAAAUUGCGGGGCUUUUUCACCGCUCUGUGGUGGUUACUUUCCACGGCAGGUCAGUUUGGGGAGGAAAAAUAAGAAGUAAAAGGAGUAAGCUUCUAGUGAAGGGAACGUGAUAAUCGUACCAAAAGCGAGAUAUUAAAACUCUUUCCCGCGCGAUAUUGCAACGUCGAGGGAAACUCGCUUUUCCAGGCUCAGUGUUACUGUGUGAGUGAAAUAGUGGGUGGGCGAAAAAAAGAAAAAGCAACAAAAAGUUCACGUGUCCAGUGGCGGAACACGUUUCGAGGAUCGCAGUCGGAAUAAACAAUUUAAUCCAGCAGAUUCAGGGUAUUCUGGGUAGGUCCGGUUGGCACGGAACGCGGACAAAAUUAUAAAUAAAUCACACCAGACGGCGGCGGCGGCGGCAUCGGUGCUGGUUUGGACAAUGUCUGCCACCGGAGGAAUGGACGCCGCGACGACCGAUUCAACAAGUUGGUCGAUCAUUUCGGUGGAUUGAAUGGAACGAUGCUCAACGUAGCCCUUUCUAGACGCACAUCAACCAGCAACAAACGGUGAUGGGUCAUUCUCGCCGCCAUCAACACCAUCACCGAGAUCAUCGCUGUCACUGCUAUCGAUCCCGGUCAACCCGCUGCCAGCGGCCAUGGUUGAUCACCGUAGUCCUACUACUGCAGCUAGCAUUCCAUCUGUCAUCCGGCCUAGCGCUCGAGCAGCAGCCGCUUCUACCACGUGGCGACCCGUCAGACGCCUCCUCAUCCUUAGCCAGCACGUCGCUGCCACCGUGUGAAGCGAAAACGCUCGAUGAAAUUCCACCGGAUCCGUUCUACGAUGUGUCGUCCAUCACUGUCCAGGCAGCUAAGGCGUUCGCCGACUUCCUGGCCGAGCGUCGGAUUGACACCAGCAAGGACGACCGGAAGUUGAGCAUCGCCCGGGAAAAGGCAAACGAACUUGCCAGUGGCGUGCUCAAGGAGGACGAUGGCCUACUUGCGGUGGCCAUUGCCUCCCCGAGGCUGCCCCUGGCCGUUGUUCAGUUCCGGGACAAAAUCGACCCCAUCCACGCGAACCUGUCCGAGACGAAGAUCUUUCUGUCCACGUACUGGCGCGAACUGGGCGCCGCCUGGAACCAAAGCAACGGCGCCCAGUUCUGGGGCGCCCCCUUCCGGGACUGUGGCCCCCUGUACGGACGGUGGCUGUGGCCGUUCAGCGUAACGGUUGAAUCGCAAGGGUACAAGAUCGUGGCGUCGGCGUUCAUCGCGGCCGACGUGGACCAAUGCAACGACGCGCUGGAAGCCAUCUUCGGCCGGCGACAUUCCUGCGACCGGGAGUCCACCUUCUGUCUGAUGUCGGACCCGGACGAGGGCAGUGGCGGGCUGGACGGCGGCGUCAGCGGCCGGGGGAAGUACACCUGCGUGUGCCGCGACGGGUACUACAUCCCGAACGAGUCCUUCCAGGGCUUCACCUCGGACAAGAACGACGCAAAUGUGACGAACUUUAGCUGCAUUCCAUGCCCGAGCGCGUGCGAGUGCAAUUCGGCCGGCAGCUGCGAACGCCCGGACGAGGACUUCAGCACGGAAACGCUGAUGAAGGCCACCAUUGGUGCUAUUUUGGGAGCGUGUAUGCUUUGUUGUUUAGUGUUAGCGUUAAUUGUGUUCCGUCAACGAAAGUGCAAGACAAUUGCAACGGGGAUGUGGACCAUUUUAGAGACAAUUUUAUUCGGGAUAUUACUUUUGUAUCUAGCGGUUGCCCUGCACUUCCUGCAAGCGUCCACGUUGCGGUGCCUGCUCGAACCGUGGUGCCGCGAGCUGGGCUUCAUCAUCUGCUACGGUGCAAUCGUGCUCAAACUUUACCGCCACCUGGUGGAAUUCCGCACCAGGAAAGCUCAUCGAUGGGUUGUGAGAGAUUUAGAUUUGCUGCGCUACCUGUGCGCGAUGAUCGUCGCGGUGCUGUGCUACCUGGCCGCCUUCACCGCCACCAGCAUGGACUUCCUGCGGUACAGCGAGCUGGUGUGGAAGGUGGAGAACACCGACGACCAGGUCACGUCCAACAUGUGCCGGCCGCUCAAGUGGGACUACGUGACGGAGGCCGGCGAGCUGCUCAUCCUGGGCUUCGGCCUGCAGCUGGCCAUCGCCAGCCGGAACGCGAACACGCAGUUUAGGGAACGACAAUUCCUCGUCGCAUCGAUACUGAUCGAAUUCCUCGUCUCGUCCACGUUCUACGUCCUGCGGUUCUGGUACCUGGAGGAGUUCAACCCCUCCACCCUCUUCCUGGCCCUGUUCGUGCGCUCACAGCUGACCAACACCAUCACCCUUGGACUAAUAUUCCUGCCAAAGCUCUGGUACCAGCACAAACAGGUUCGUUCCCUUGCCCAUGAAGUGUCCUUCCGCUUACCUGUGGAUGCAUUCAAGGGGGGCCACGACAGUUCCCACCACGGCGGCGUCCUCGGCACCUACGCCGGCAUCUGCGUCGGCGACCCGGAGGUCGGUGACGUGACCAUCUCCGAGAUGAGCCCGGAGGACAUCCGCGCCGAACUGAAAAGACUGUACACUCAACUAGAAUAUUUAAAGAAUAAGACCCUACGACAAGACAAUCCUCACAUCAGCAAGCGAAGGGGAGGCCGGAAGGUGGCCCACCGGAGAUUCUCGCUGCAGAAAAAAGGAAGCCGAGAAAAGGCACUAAGCGCCAAACAUCGCAACAAUCGUCCAGCGGUCAGCGAGGUGGAGGUGACCGAAGCGGAACCGUCCCGCACACCGGAGGACUCGGUGUGCAGCGUUGAGGGCCCGACCGACACCGGCACCGUGACCGGUGCGGAAAUUUCGGGCAUUUCCAGCUCGAAAUAGCAGCCCUCGGCGAACAACAGCAACGGCCAUCACCGCCCUCAUCCUUCCCAGCAGAGCAAGUAUCGCUUCUUCUACCAGCCCCAAAGCCAGCAGCAAAGGCACAGUCAGUCGCAAAAGUCAUGCUACCGAGAGUACAACUUUUAAGCUUACAUCACCGGUUUGGUACAUUCAGUUGCUUCAAAAAGUUAAAUUCAAUCAAAUCAGGACCAAAAUCAUCCAAAAGAAAACAUCUGAGUGAUUUUUAACACAAUUACAUCACCAAAAUGGCUUAAAAUUGUUUGGUCUGUUGGUAUCUCAUUUCAAAAGCAACUGAGUGUGCGCCCAGAUAUCCUACCCCUCCAAUAUAGCCAGGAUUCGAGGCAGAUGGUGGAUUGAGUGACAAGAUGGCUUUAUUGUGCCAAGCAAGGAAGAAGGACGGAAGGCAUCAACCACCCACGACAGUUUUUACAGUCACCAGUCACACACCGUUUGAGGUGUGCAACAGACGCGAUGAUUAAUGAAGUUUGUAUAAAUAAGUAGCUAAUUACCAUCAGAGUGUGUUGUGUGGAGCAACGAGGACGAGACGGGGGGUGUUCUUCCUUAAGAAGGUAGAGAGGAAUGUUUCGAAUGAUUUCAAAGAAUACUGCAUAAAUGUGUAAUUCCAAGCAAAAAGCUUCUCUUUUCUACGAUUGGUCUGCGUCUCCAACAAAGUAUCGCGUGAGUUUUGUUUUGUUUUUAACUUUCCAGAGUAAUAAAUAGCUCAAAUAAAAGUGAUUAAGCAACUCUGCAUUGAUGAUGUAUCUGAACUGGACAUUUUAUUUAAAUAGCGGAAAACUGUAAAAGUGAUGAAAAUUGGUCGAAAGGUAUAUUCCUUCGGUUUAUUGGAUGCUUAAGUUUAAAAAAAAUAAUUUUGAAAUGCCAUUUUUAAUGGACAACACAGACAUACAGACGUAAUUCAUUAAACAAACAUUGCCAAAAUCCAUCAGUCACUUAAAAAGGAAGAGGAAAGGCAGCAACUAUCUCAAUCUGGUGGCCAAUGAGCUCUCUCGACCAAAACUGGAAAUUAAUUUUAUUUGAUUUUUAUUAUUUUCAUUUUUUAAUUUGAUAAAACUUUGUGGGGGUUUUCCCGUUUACCAAAAAAAGCUAUUUUAUCCAUACAAAAACGUUACUUAAAUAUUCAAAAA